AUGGGACACCUCGUCAGCUUCAACGCCUGGGGCUUUCGAUCUCGAUCCAAUAUUUCCUGGGUUGGAUCGGUACAGAUAUUCCUCCUAUUUGCUAUCGGCGCAUCUCCCGGGUGGGCGCUCGAUGCGGGACGGUUCCGGCCCGUGACCUUUGUCGUGUAUAUCGCCCAUAUUCUAGGGAUAUUCUUGACAUCCAUUUCCUCGAAGUACUGGCAUGUGCUGCUUACCCAAGGCUUUCUAGUUGGCAUUGGCAACGGUCUGUUGUUCUGUCUAACUAUCUCCCUUGUUGGCACUUAUACAGUCCGCAUCUUCGGCGUGAUCACGAUCUUCGCUAGUACUUUGGCCUUUGGCCUACUGAAACCACGGCUUCCGCCACGUCCCUCGGGGUCUGUAGUCGACUGGGCCGCAUUUAACAAGCCACCCUACGUCUUAUAUUGUAUUGGAAUAUCCCUUAUCUUCUUAGGCCUCUAUUUUGCAUUCUAUUACAUUGGGGCAUUCGCCCGGGAUAUCAUUGGCCUAACAUAUACGGAGUCUAUCAAUCCUAUUCUCAUCAUCAAUGGUGUGAGAUAUGUUGGGCGUAAUUUGCCUGCUAUAAUCGCUGACAAAUAUUUUAGAGCGUUGAACGCCAUCAUACCUUGUGCUUUUGGGUCUGGAAUUCUUCUAUUUGGUUGGAUUGGUGUUCACGAUCAAAGAGGUCAAAUUUCUUUUGCUGUCGUAUAUGGAAUUGCCGCUUCAGUGGUACAGAGCAUGUUCGCCAUCGCUCUCUCGAGUUUAACGACAGAUCUUGGCAAGCUUGGUACACGUAAUGGUAUGUGUUUUGCCAUUAUUUCUAUUUCUACGUUGAUCGGGCCGCACAUUGCUGGUGUUCUCAUUGAUGAGGCGGGUGGGAGUUAUUUACACGCUCAGGCAUAUGCCGUGGCUGCAGGUAGCUUAGUCCUGAUGGCCGCUCGCCUCUACAAAACCGGUCCUGGUCUUAUUGCACAAGCAUGA